AAUUUUCCUCCUAAAUUUUCCGCCGCCACAGCGAGAACCCAAGCAAGGGAAGGGAGGAGAGGGAUCUUUCUUUGUUCUCUUCUUCGCGAGGAUUUCGUUCCUGUGUAGCCGUAGUGUGUGUUGGAUCGAUAGGGGAAGAGAUGAAGCCGGCGGUGGAGGUGGAGGUGGAGGAGGGGGACGAGCGGACGGCGGAGCUUGCCCGGAAGAAGGCGGCUGCUGCUGCUGCUGCGGCGGCGGCGCCGGCCAAGAAGGCGGAUGAGGGGGAGGAGGUGGUGAACGGGGAGGAGGAGGAUGAUGAGGAGGCGGUUGAUGGGGAGGGGGACGGCGACGAGGAUGGGGACGGGGAGGAGGACGACGACGACGACGAGGAGGGGGAUGCCGAAGAGGGUGGUGAGAAGGGCGCGGCGGGGCAGAACGUGGUGGAGAUCUCCGACGAGGAGGAUGAGGACGGCGAGGAGGCGGAGGGCGGUGAUGACGACGACGAUGACGACGACGACGACGAUGACGAAGAGGAAGAGGACGAAGUGGAGGGCGACGAGCAGGAGGAGCUGGGAACCGAGUAUCUGGUCAAGCCACUUGGUGAUGCAGAAGACGAAGAGCACUCCAGUGACUUUGAGCCGGAUGAGAACGGUGAGGGUGCUGAGGAUGAAGAGAUCGAUGAAGACGACGAUGACGGUGGUGACGAUUCUGUCAAGGCGGCGCAAUCCUCCUCGAAGAGGAAGAGGUCAGGCGGCGAUGAUGAAGACGACGACGACGAUGACGACGGUGAUGAUGAUGACGACGACGACGGUAGACCAUCAAAGCGAUAGUUGAGAAGCUCAUCUGUGGAUCAGUGGUCCUCUGCAGGGUGCUAGAAAGAAAAUAAUCCUCUCGGGGGAGAUUGUUGGUAAAUGCUUGUAGCUUUAGGACAUCUGUGGGUAGGUUUAGCAGCUCAAAACAUGAGAGGGUCCAGUCAUGUUAGUCGUUAGUUCAUACUGCUGAUGUGUUGAUUAACAGCCUCUGAGGACAUCUGUAUGAGGAAAGAUGAGGCUUUUGCUUUUAUGCUGUGUAGCUUCUAAUUCAGCUCUGAAAUUUCUGGGUGCUUCGUUCUUAA